AUGAGUAUUGACCAAGCAGGUAAUAAACGAAUUAGAAAUAUUAUUCGAAAAGAACUUAUUACUGUUGGACCGACAACUUUAGCACUUCCACUUACCGAAGAAUUCCUUCAUUAUGACUCAGGUAUUUUCCACCCAUAUCCAGAAAAAGAUUUUGAAAAUCGAAUAAUAUAUUGGCAUGUUGUUCGAUUAAUAGGUUGGGGGCAUGAUGAAGAAGAUAGACUUUAUUGGAUAGCUGCAAAUAGCUUUGGAGAGCAAUGGGGUGAAAAUGGUAAGGGGAAUUUUUUUUUGAAUUCUUUUUAA